AUGAAGCUGGUCUGUGGGUCUUGCUAUCUUCCCAAAGACAACCCAGACAAGCCCCUCGGCGAAGACGCCCACUUCAUCUGCCACGACGGCCAGACCAUCGGCGUGGCAGACGGCGUAGGCGGCUGGGCCAAGAUAGGCGUCGAUGCGGGCGUGUACGCAAGGGGACUCAUGAACAACGCCAACCAAACGGCCAUGGACAUGACCCGAGCCGCAGCCGCCGCGGUCGAUCCAAGAAAUGUGUUGAACCAAGCAUACGCAAACAACGCCGGAGUACAAGGCUCGUCCACAGCUUGCAUCCUCAGCCUCAACAAAGAGAGUGGGGCACUGCACGCCGUGAAUGUCGGGGACAGCGGCUUCAUGGUGUUCAGGGACAUCAGGUGUUUGUACAAGUCUCCACCUCAGCAGCGCAUGUUUAACUGUCCGUACCAGUUGGGGAACUACGUCGGCUACGACCGUCCCAAGGCGGCUCUAGAGUUUGUGAUGGAGGCAGUCCCAGGGGACAUCAUAGUGCUUGGGACAGAUGGGUUGUUGGACAACAUGUUUCCGAGUGAGAUUGAGGAUGUUCUUGUGGCGUAUAGAGGAAGCGGUCGGGAUUGUGAGGAGUUGGCUUCCGCCAUAGCCAACCUGGCGCUGUUUAACUCGUUGGACAAGUACAGCGUUAGCCCUUUUCAAAUGGAGGCUCAGAAGGCUGGACUGGAGCACGCAGGUGGCAAGAUCGACGACAUCACUGUUGUUGUCGCCCAAGUUGUGGCUUCUAGCUCCUUCACUACACCAGCUAGCUUAGGUUUCGGUUUUGAACGCACAGAUACAAGAAAAAGAGAAGACUAUAUUAGGUUUAGAAAUUAA